AUGCCUUUGAUCACGGUGUACAUCCCAAAGUCCAUGGCAAAAGCCUUCGAUUAUUAUUAUGGGCUUCCCUCUGGACCCCCACUGAUAGCCUCUACGAAGCCACAACCAACAGCAGUUAAGGGGAGGCCGGUACAGGGUCACCCGGCUCUUAAGGCCAUACAUCCGAUCAACCUGAAGCAUCCAAUCGUUGAUGUUUGGGAGAAUAAAAUCUCGGGGGAAAUCAUAAAAGUACUCACAGAUUCUAAGAUAGACUGGACGAGUCUUGAAGUUGUCCACAUUUAUGCCGCAGAGGAUCAGUCACUAGGCCUAGGCCCGGCAAUCAUAUGGGUUGGUAUAGAACCCGUAGAUAAUUUGGACCACCAUCUGGGCGAAGAAGUCGCCAUUCAAUGUCAGGCCAUCAUCGAUCAACAUAAAAUUAAUGAUUGCUAUGUAGAACUUCGAGCAUCGAAACGCCAGGAUUCUGCGGGAGUUCGGUUUUUGGACUUAACCGACCCGAAUGAAGACCUAGCCUACGAAUAUAAGGGACCGUUCAGGUCUACCUUAGGUUUCCCUAUAUGCUCCAAGAAGACCCCGCACAAAAUAGGGAGCGGCGGUUUCUACAUAAGCGCUGGAGGAGAUGACGACCAGGUUUACAUGGUAACAGCACGCCAUGUGGUCUUGCAGGAUUCUUUCGAAGAUAGUCAAAAGGAAUACAUCAAGCUGAACAAAAGUCAACCGAGGCAGGACAUCCUGCUCAACGGGAAUAAAAUCCCGGAAAAGCUAGCAGGUAUGGCUUCCCGUAUCAGCAAUCUUGAGUAUUCUAUCUCCCGACCGAGUAGAAAUCCCGAAGAAAAGAAUAGCCUGACAAAAGGCUGGUCUGAGGAGAUCAAUGCACUUAAAAACUUACAACGAGAGAUUCAAUCACAAUGGUCAACUCCAGAAAGCCAGGUGCUUGGGGAGCUCGUAUGGGCUCCGCCCAUUACUUUUUCAACCGCUUCGAACACCACGACGCUCGAUCUAGCGGUGGUGAGAAUUGAUCCAGGAAAACUGGAUCACAAAAAUUAUAUAGGAAAUGCUAUUGAUUUCGGUCAAGUCCCGGACACAACACAGAUAUACCAAGCAGUACAUGACGACUGCAGAAACGGCCCGCAGUUCAAGAUCCCGCAUGACAGUCGUAUGAUACUCCGAGAUCAAACACCGAUGGAUGAGGUGUUGAGUCCCUUGAUGCGCGAUAGGAAUAACGAAGAGUGCAUUGCACUUUUCAAGCGCGGGGCCAGCAGUAAUCUAACUUUUGGCAAAGGGAUAGGAAUAUCUUGUUAUACGAGAAAAAUGUGGGAAGGGCACGAGAACUUGUCUCGAGAGUGGGGAGUAAUUGGACUGGGGCGCUUGAGUGCAAGAACAAAUCGGUUCUCAGAGCGGGGUGAUUCUGGGGCAUGUGUGGCGGACGUCUACGAGCGUGUAAGCGGCAUGCUCCUAGGCGGGUGCGGUUAUGAAAAAGGCAUAACUGAUAUAUCCUAUGUCACCCCCGUUCAUUUGGAAAAGUACUGGGUCCCACACCUCAAAGAUUCCCCCAUCCUGGGUAGUGCUUCUCUCGACGAAACCGUUGUUCCCGUUGUAGCUACAGUCCUGCCAGCAGAUAAUGACAGUGGCAUCGGUGUCAGACGUGGACUCCUCGGAACAUCCCGACCCGAAUCUUCCUUCCUCUCAAACCAUUCUGAUGAGAUUUCUACGGAAGUCUGUGAAUGUUUGAUCAGUUCAUCGUGUUCGGUUUACGACCUCUGGUACGGGAUCCAGGCUGAUCUCAGGCUUGGACUAAAUGAGAUGAAUAUCAAAUGGAUGGGUACCAAGCUCUUGCAUGAUCCAUAUUGGAAAUCUAGAUCCGUGGGCCACUUUAUUGCGGUGAUCAAGGUGAUUCCUGGAACGUUGACUCUGGUUGAAGGUGCGAUUGUGGCUACUAGGGUUCAGGCGUUCAUCGAUAAGAGGGGUAUUCCGGAUUGCUUUGUGGAGAUAAUGUAG